UACGAUCAUGUCAAAACACUCACUAAACCAUCACUUGCAAUAACAACACAACUAAAACAAAACCCAGAAUUAAAAUCCCUCUUCCAACACACACAUACCAGAAUUAAGAAUGUCUCUCUUGCAGUCUCUCUUGGACCAACCCAACUUCUUGUCUCCUCUCAGAGUUUUUAACUCAGACAUAGGCUACAACAACACCUACAUGGACUGGAAGGAGACUUCACAUGCCCACAUCUUUAAAAUUGAUCUUCCAGGCCUUACAAAAGAGGAUGUGAAGCUUGAGGUGCAUGAAAAUAGAGUGCUUCAUGUCAGUGCAGAGAGAAAGGCAGAGCCUGAAGCAGAGGACCCCAAGAAUGAAACGUGGCACUGCAGGGAAAGGACGAGUGGCAGCUUCUCUAGAAACUUUCGGCUGCCUGAAAAUGCCAAGGUUGAUGAGAUUAAGGCUUCCAUGCGUGAUGGGGUUUUAGUAAUUACAGUGCCUAGGGAGGAUGACUUGAAGAAAAAACACAAGCAUCACAAGAAGGUUGAGAUCUCUGGAGAUGAAGAAAAACAUGGCUCCAAAGGGCUCGGACGCUUUGUGUGCUGCAAAGCUUAGAGAAUAUAAUUUUGCUUUGUGAUUGAUUUUUGGUGUGAAUUUGUGCUGUUUGUAUUGUAUGUAUGAAUGAUACUUUUAAAAGUCUAUUAGUUUUUUAAGUUCAAGUUCAAAGUAAUGUAAAUGGAGUGUAAUUUGCAACAUUGUGAUUUUAAGUCCAAUUCUCAUUUCAGUCUCUUGACUA